GCUUGCUGAAAUAGUUUUCGAACGGAUACUUUUCGUGUAUAAACAAAACGCCUCUGAUCAUUUGUUUUUGUUGUUCAAACGCGUUUUUUCAAAUAUGAAUUCGGAUAAAAAACUUUUCAAAGAAAAAUGUUUAGAAAUUGUUCAAAAAUAUAUUGAAGUUUUUGACAAUAAUGAUGGUAAGAAUUCAAUCAACGAAUUUCUUGAAGAUUGUCAAUAUUUAACCAAAUCAUAUUAUGAAGAUUUAAAUGAAGAACGUGCUACAAUUGAUUUAUGUGGCUUUACAUUAUGCAAUAAACAUUUAUCAAAAACCGUGAAAAAACAAUUCAAAUCAAAACAAAAUUAUCAUAUUCAUAAUAAUAAAGUAUAUGAUAUACGGAGAAGAAAGAAUUUUUGUUCUGACAAAUGUUUUCGACAAAGUGAAUUCAUAAAAGAUCAGCUAUCAGAUGAACCGAUUUAUUUGCGAAAAACAUCAACAUCAUCCAGGAUAAAAUUAUAUGAUGGUCAUAAUGGUCAACCUGGUGAUGAAUUUAAACUAAAUGAUGAAUUGAUAAAAUCGUUGAAAAAUGAUUCGAAUAAAACUAAAUCGAAUGAAUUGAGAAAAAACCUAUUGAAAAAUGAAAAAUCAAUCGAAUCCAAAUUAUCAGCACCAUAUUUAAAAGUAGAAGAAUUUUCCGAAUUGAAACAAAAAUUUACAAAUUUUAAUAUUCAAGAAAAAUUAAUCGAUGAAACGGAAAAAUUGAUUGAAAAUACAAACAAUGAUGAUGAUGAAUUAUUGGAUGAAAUUGAUCGAAUGUCAAUAUCAACAGCAUCUUCCAUAAGUAAUCUUUCAACAGUAUCAUCGAAUACGAAAAGAAAAAAACUAAAAAAACAAAAAUUUUUCGAAAAUAUUGUCAAACGAAUAUCUUCGUGGAUUACUGAUGAUACUCGGAAAUUUCUUGGAAUCAAUUCGGUUAUGAAAGAAAAUCUAAUGGAAAAUUUUCCGGAAAUCGAAUAUGAAGAUAAUGAAAAAAGAAUGGAACGAUAUCGAUGGCAAUAUAUUCGUCUUUGUUCACGAUUAAAUGAAGAAGAAAUUGAAGAUGAAAAAUAUGAUCGAAUGGUAUUACAAAGUAAUGAUAAUAAAAAACAACGAUCAAAAAUAAAUGAAAAAUCUGUAAUCAAAAAAGAAGAUACGAAUGAUUUACCAUCGGAGGAUAAACUUUGGAAUUUUUUCACUUGUCCCACCAUUUCUACGGAAAAUGAUGAUGUAGAUAAAAAAAUGAAAAAAGUUCGUUUCACCGAUGAUACAAAGGAUGAUGAUUCGGAACAAAAAAAUAACGAUGAUAAUGAAGAAAUCUUUUUCCUACCACUAAAUGAUAAUCAACAUGCAAAUAUAAAAAGAAAACAAUUAUUUCUUCAAGAAAUUCAUACAUUUUUACAAGAAAUUUUGGAAAAUCAUGAAAUUGAAAAUAAUGUUGAAAUUUUCAAUCAAAUACAUUCACUGAUUCGAACGUUUGAUUUUCAAUCGGAAACCAUUGCAUUGGGUCGAAAGGAAAAUUUUCUGGUAUCAAUUUUUCUAUUCAGAAUUUUGCUUCGAUAUCGAAUACUGGAUAAAUCUGAAAACUGGGAAACCGUUUAUCGAACAAAUAUUUUCAUUAGUAAAAUUUUUGAUCAAUUCCAUUUGACAUUCGAUUCUAUUGAUAAAAAUAUUGAUAAAAUUUUUUCAUAA